UUAAAUUCUAAAGGAGAAAAUAUCCAAAUAUUGAGGCUAAGUGCUUCUGAGCGGUACUGUUCGUGUAACAAGUGGCAAGCCUUUGGUAUUUCAUGCUCGCAUUUUAUGGCGGUUUGUUCACGGUUUAACAUGAACUAUGAAGACUUUGUUGAGGACUAUUAUAAAAUAUCAACUUACGCUGCAUGCUAUGCGCCUCAGUUUCAACCUGUACCGCAUGAAGAUUAUUGGAUCACACCUACAAGUAUGCCUGUCUUACUGCCAGAUCUAUCGUUGUUGAGAAAAUCAAGUAGACCAAAGACUUCACGUUAUCACAACGAGAUGGAUUGGACAGAACAAAGUGCUCAACAACGAUGCUCAUUCUGUAGCCAACUUGGUCAUAACCGAUGGAGCUGUACUUUGUUAAGGAGACAGGCACCUGAUAGUUAGACAUCUUUCUUUAAUGACAUUGAUUUGUACUUUUUUUGUGUAGAUAAUGACAUUAAACCGAGGACCAAUUGAUCCGAACGUUUUAUAUGAUCAGAACAUUCAUCGAUCAGAAACUGUGUGGGAUGAUCGUAAUACGCCCGAGAUAAACUGUAGACGACGUGAGGCAGUUGUCCAACGUACUAUCCCACUACACCGCAACAUACUUCCACUGCUACAUGCUUCAGGAUUUUAUGGGCUUGCCAGAUUGGGGUUCAUCCAGUUAGUCUGGCAUCUGAUCACUGCACUUCUGGAGAGAUGGAGACCGGAGACGCAUACAUUUCACAUGCCAGUUGGAGAGUGCACAAUUACGUUGCAGGAUGUGGAAGUUUUGGUGGGAUUACCGGCUGAUGGUGAGUCCGUUAUCGGUCAGAUGCAUGAUGAUUGGUUGCAUGUUUGCCAAGAGUUACUUGGUGUGAUCCCACCUCCUGAACAAAUUAGGGGGCAGAGAUUGAGUUUAACAUGGUUGGGAGCAGAGUUUCAUGAAUUGGCUAACGAUGCCGAUGAGGAAACUAUCACACGUUAUGCACGGCAUAUAUUUUACAGUUGAUGGGUGGGAGUAUUUUUGCAGAUAAAUCAACCGUUAUGUGCACCUAAUGUUCCUACCAUUCUUAGCUAAUCUGCACCACACGGGACGAUAUUCUUGGGGUGGAGCCUGUUUGGCAUGGUUGUAUAGACAAUUAUGCACGGCAUCCAAACAAGGUGUUCGUGAAAUAGCUGGGCCACUAAUAUUGUUACAAAUAUGGGCUUGGGAACGAUUCCCAAUAGUGGCUCCGCAACUCCUACAUGUCAAUGCUAAUCAAUUACACGGUCGAGUUUAUGGUUCAAGAUGAAGAGAUCAAUUUUGUGUGACAAGAUCGACUACACAUGUAGUCUCUCAGUAUAGGUACAUGUUUGAUCUUCUUCAACCUAGUCAGAUUGUCUGGGAGCCAUACAAAACUGUCAUAAAUAGCUUGCCACAUUUUUGUACAAACGGUCACGACAUAUGGCGGACGAUUAGUCCUCUCAUAUGUUUCUACAUUGGUGAGUGGCAUCAUCCUGAUAGAGUACUUAGACAGUUCGGUAUUCAACAAGCUGUUCCAUGUGACUGUAAUACUGAACCACUGUUGCACAACAUUGACCUGAGGACUGCUGAUUGGUCAGAUAGAGUUGCUCAUUUAGUGAUGCGAUGGCAUAAUCGCAGAAGGUUUACUGCUACGGGACCUCCAAUUGAGCAGUUUGAUAUGGAUGUAACUCAAGAAUACAUCAAUUGGUACAAAAACAUUAGCAAGCUCUAUAUCACCCAACCGGGAGCUGCUAUGAGUCAUCUGAGAUCAAACAAUAUUAGACUUCGGAAUGUUGCAGAUGAUCCACAACAGGUUCUAAAUAUAUGCAACGAUAACGAGUAGUACAUGGAGAACAUCCACUAUAUGUACGAUGUCCCUAUUGUACCUGCUCCAGUUCAGAGGAGACGUCCUCUAGUGCAAGAGCCCGAUCAAUUGGAAGAAGUUGACCAACACGGGGAAGAAGUGCCUCCCAUGACACAGACACAGACACAAAGCGAGCAUAAUUACGUUAGUCCAGUAAUGAUGAUGCCAACAUUUGGAACGACAUAUUAUGAUUCGGGAGUCGGUCAAUCGUCAGACUUUGGAAGAGGAUAUUACAAUUCAGAGGCAGGUCAAUCAUCAACGGACUUUGGGCAACAAUACUAUGAUUUAGGGAGCGAUCCAUCGUAUUCAUACAUGCAUGGUCACGGGCGUGGUCGUGGAGAACAUAAUGAAUAUUUGUACUACGAAGUGCCUGCAGCAGUACCCGAGCAAUCAGAUGAGCAACAGCAACAAGAGAAUGCAGCAGUACCCGAGCAAUCAGAUGAGCAACAGCAACAAGAGAAUGCAGCAGUACCCGAGCAAUCAGAUGAGCAACAACAACAAGAGAAUCAUGAGGAAAUACAAUAACAAAGAGUUCAAAGUCGACGACGACAACCAGCUAGAAAUCGUCGACGUCCAGGUUGUGGAACACAUUGAUUUUUUUUCUUUGAAUGAAAAUUGUUAAAUUAUUGUAUUAAACAUUUUGAUUCAUAUUUAAUUAUUUUACAAUCAAAAGCACUUACU